AUGGCUACUGAUUUUCUUUGGAGUCUGGCAUCCAAAGUCAUCGGGUACACCGUCGGCCCGAUCGCUCGUCAAGUCGGAUAUGCAUUGCUGUCCGAGAGCUACGUGAACGACCUGCAAGAUAAAUGUCACCAGAUCGGCGAUGCUGGACAAGAGAUCCAACAUAACAUUGAAGAGGCUCUCACGACCGAGGUGGGGAACAGGGUCGAGCCCAAGGUCUUGAGGUGGUCCGAGACAGCAGCCGAGCUCAAGGGGGAGGCAGAGGAGCUGAUCGAACGGAAGAAGAAAGCUGCUGGUUGCUGUGGGUGUGUUGCCAAUCCGAUAACCCGCUACCGGUUGGGUCGGAAGGCGAACCACAACUCGCUUGCCAUUCAAAAUCAUCUUGCACCUCCGCCCCUCACAGCCAGUUUCUACUUUCCAGAAGGCAUUGCCACCGCAUCGUCCUCUCAAAGCAUCUGUCCUCUCCAGUCAAGGGAUUCAAUGUUCGAGGACAUCGUGAAAGCUUUGGCGGAUGAUUCUGUGAACAGGAUUGGAGUGUAUGGUGUGGGUGGGGUCGGCAAGACCACCCUGUUGUCUCAAGUUGAAAAACAAGCCAGGGCAUCGAAGGAAUACGUCGAAGUUGUGGCAGCACUUGUGUCGCAAAACCCGGAACUGAAGAAAAUCCAACAGAAGAUCCGUGAGACAAUUGAUAGGGUCAAGAUAAAAGCGCAGCAGCAGCAGAAGAAUGAUAAGAAAAAUGACAAAGAGCAAGAGCCCAUGACGAAGAGGGCGGUCCUCAUAAUUUUAGACGAUCUCUGGAAGAAACUUGACUUGGAGGAGAUAGGACUUAGGGAGAUGGAAGGUGACAUUAAGUUCAAGUUAGUAAUGACUUCUAGAUAUUGUCGCGUGCUAGCUGAUGAAAUGCACUGUCGGCAAGUUUUCCAUCUUGAGAAACUGAAGAAUGAUGAAGCCCUGAAAUUGUUCGCAAACACAGUGGGCAACAAACUUAGUGACCCCCUCCUCAAGCAGACUGCAGAGGAGCUAGCCAAGAAAUGCCAAGGCUUGCCUCUUCUGAUCGAUGCGCUGGCAAAAGUGUUGCAGAAUAGUGAUUCGCCAAAAGACUGGGAGAAUGCAUUAGAACAGCUCGAAAAAUCUGACAGCGUACACAAGGCCCUGGAGGGGUUGAUGGAAGAGAAGGCAUUUCGGAUGAAGCUUUGCUGA